ACGGUGACGCUGUCUCUUCACAGGCUCGAACUGCAUUACUCCACGACUCUUCGGGUAAUCGCAAACGCGAUCCUCGUGACUUCGUUUUUUUUCUGUCGCUGUGCAUAUCGCAUAUAAAUGUAUGGUACGACCCGCUUUCGUCGCAAUUAAGUGACUCGAUUCUAGCCCGGUUUCUCGGCAACACACGCCAUUUCCCAGAAACUUCCAGUUCAACACCAGCGAAAGAGUGCGAUUCGUCCGCAGAAUUAUUGGUUCGAAACCCUGUUGGGCGAGCUUUUUUGUCGAGCCCGAAAUUUUCCGUGUGUGGUCACUACCUACUCCUACACCUGCACGUAUUACGUGGACGCCCACAAGUACCCCAACGGACAGCAGAUACAAAUCCUACCCGUGAAAAGCGGCAACGCCUUGGCGCGCUUGUCUCUAAAGAUAUAAUAACUUCAAAAGGCUACGGUUCCGCGCGUCAACUGGAAGCUGAAGUGCCCCGCUUUUUCCCAUCCGUACUAUUGCGGUUUUCGACUUUUCUUGCCGUGAGGAACCACCGGGUACACCGUCGACUUUUGCGGACUGCUGCUUCACGCAGGCAUUUGUUGCAGUUGGACGAAGCAGUCGGUUGUUUGUGCUUGUCUGGUCGACUCCCCUCGAUCACUGCGAGAGGUCCCUUAAAUACGAUAUUGCUAAUGCUUUCGCGUCUCGUGCUCCUUGUUUGCCUGCCGUCCCGUUCGUUCUUUUUUGCUGUGCACCCUGAGCUCGGCUCGACACUACUGCCGGUUUAUCCAAGAUGAUUUCCCUUCUGGGCAACUUCCUCGGCUCCCUGCUUGUCCUCGGGGUGAGCUUUGUUUAUCCGGCAUACCUCACGUUCCGUUUUUUGCUGGCACACCGUGCUGCAGGAGACUCUGCAUCGCGGCCCAACUUCCCUGCGACCGAGUACAUUCAGCAUGUAUUCUACUGGGUUCUGUAUGCAUGGCUGUCGAUUUUUAUCGGUCUGGUUCUUUCAAAGAUUUCCGCAUUCAUUCCCCUGUACCACGAGCUCCUCGCUGCACUCUUCUACUGGCUCGCCAGUCCAGAUUUCAAGGGCGCUGGCUGGCUUUGGCUCGUCGUCCUAAGCCCUCACUACUCUACGCUGGACUCGACAAUUCGGGACAUGUACGAGAUCUACUGCCCUCCAACUCUCAAAAUGUACCUUUCGCACGCGGUAGACGGUUCUGCAAACGCUGCUGAAGAGGCAUUCCGGCGUGACCGUAGUGCCAGCAACCCGGUGGACCGAGAGACAGUGAAAAACAAAUAACGCACGAUAAAAGAAGACGAGGGGCAUCGAGAGGAGCGAAGAGGAACAUUUAUGUCGACGUACAAGUUGAAUGUGUUAGCAGAAACGAGAGGGGGAGUCUGGUACUGCAACAGGAACAAGAAGGCCCAAACAAUACCUGGAAGGAAAAGGAGUAACUAACGGCUUACGGCGAACAGCGGGUGAAUCCAUUGCUCAGGUCGGACUGUCGAUUCGCUGCUGUUCGUUAACGUGUUCCCUUCUCUGUCAGCCUGUAGCACGUAUUCGUCUGUUGUUAUUUUCGUGGUGGAGAGGGAAAGGGGAAACGAAACCAUAUCUGGGAAAGAGGGAUGGAGAAAUAGAAACACUAUUUCUAUGGUGGGCAAAAAAGAGGCAUUGAACAUCGAUGCUCGCGAGAAAAGUUUAUCCGCACGCCUGCACAAACCUGUGUAUUUGCGUGAUGUAGUUUCCGCGCGAAGGGUUGCAUCAAGACUCAGCUAUUCUAAUGUGCCAGUCGCUCGUUCUGCAUUGUUCUGCAUUCACCUGUAUUGCGUUCCUCUCCUAUUUCUCCUCGUUGCUUCAAAAAGUGUGUCGUGAUCAUUGGUGCAUGUUAAACUCUCUUCUGUUGAUGCUUCCCGUCGGACUGUCGCCGGUUGAUGCUACUGGCAAGCUUUUUUUCCGUAGGCAUUUCUGAGGAAACUCGACGCCUCUGAAGAAGGAGACCU